UUCACCCUUGAUCGCAUUCCCAGGAGCCGUGAGGUUAGACAAUCUUGGACCUCCUCUGUGGUAACAACCCUGUAUUCCAUACUUUACUCCAUUCCUUUGACCUACAAACUGAAACCAGAUUUGAUAUUGUGCAAUGGACCAGGAACAUGUGUUCCUGUCUGUGUAUCUGCUCUUCUUCUUGGGCUUCUAGGAAUAAAGAGAGCAAUCAUUGUGUAUGUAGAGAGCAUCUGCCGUGUGGAAACUUUAUCGCUGUCUGGAAAGAUUCUCUACUACUUUUCAGAUUACUUCAUUGUUCAGUGGCCUGAUCUAAAGGAAAAAUAUCCCAAGUCAGUAUAUCUUGGUCGAAUAGUGUAA